CUACACCGCCGUGCAGCAGAACGAACCUCGUGGUUUCAAUAUAACUAUAUCUUGCUCGCAUCGUAUACUCUGCACGCUCGCGACUGUCGCAAUUGCUGCCUUCCCACUCUAUAUCCGGGAAACUAGGGCGUACCCGAGGUUUUCAUAUUGCACCGUAACCUUGUUCUCCGGUUCACGGUGGUCAACUUGACGAGCUUUGGCUUCAAAGAGCCGCGACGAAUCACGACACAGUCACAGUCACGAAGAAAAGGCUCAAUAGCACAGACGUCUACGACCUCUCGUCGAAACGAUCGUCAAGAUACCGUCCGUCAUGUCGCGGCCAUCCACUGCCGCCAGCGGCAGCUCUGUAACCCAGGAGCCAUCGCUGCAGCCCCAGUCGCAACAGCAGUCGCAGCAGCAGUCGCAGCAGUCGCAGCAGCAGCAACCGGCUGGCACGCUCCCGAUCUCCAAGCUUCCCGCUGCACGGCGAUACACGAGCGAGGCGCGCGAAAACAUGAACUGCAAGAGCUGUCGUAAACGCAAGAUCAAAUGUUCAAGAACCCGGCCGUCAUGCAACGCCUGCGACGUUUUUCGCUGCGAGUGCAUCUAUGACGCGGUGCCCAAGAAACGUGGGCCGAAAACAGAAGUGCUCGAGGAACUGCUGAAGCGCAUCGACGGAUUGGAGAAGCGGCUGGGCGACACGGAAACUACAGGUGGCCCAACGCGCGAUUCGCCAGGCGCGGACAAUAGCAAUACUAGCAGUGUGGCAUCGAGGAAACGGCCAGCGACAUCUUCACCGGAAGGCUCGGGACCAUCGCCCUCAGCGAGCAUAACUCCGUCAGCACACAUAGUCAUCACAGGACCUCCGGCCACUUCACCGGAUGAACGAUUAAUACGACGGCUCGUCGACGUCUUCUUUGAGCGCGUCAAUGGGAAACCCUACACACUGUUUCACGAGGGCCUGUUCCGUCAGCAGUGGGCUGAGGGAAGGGUGCCACAUCAUAUUCUCAAUACGCUAUGCGCCGUUUCCGUGAGGUGGGUUGGGUUCGGGGGUGCGACAGAGAGGGGGGGAAUAUUUCGAUGAUAACGUUUAUAGAUAUACACCGAUCCACGAACUGGGUAUAAAGUCGGCGCAAGAAUACAGUGAGGAAUUCGCGGCGAGCGCAAGGAGAGAGGUGGAUUCUGAUGAGCCAACGCUCGAGAAUCUACAGUCAAUGUUGCUGCUGUCGAUGACAUACUACGCUAUGGGAUACGGCAAGAAGAGCUUCAUGCAGAUGGGCAU